ACCACGCCCUGCCGUCCGGGAGGCUACAGGCAGCUCAGCAUCCUUCGCCCUACAAGAGCUGCUUCACCUUCGCCAAGAACAACAGCGGAACAGAGCAGAGCGGGCGGGCGAACAGCGGCGGAUUUACCGGGUUUUUUUUAUCUUCGCAGCUCCACCUUUAAUCUGCGGCUCUGCUCUCUGCAUCGCAGCGGCGGAUAUAACAUAUUUACGCAACCCCGCUUUUCUCCAGUCUCGUGCAGUCUCAGUGUGCAUCAUGACCGAGCCCGCCGCAGAAUGCAACAUCAAGGUGCUGUGCCGCUUUCGCCCUCUGAAUCAGGCCGAGAUCCACCGCGGAGAUAAAUUUCUCCCCACCUUCCAGGGGGAUGACACCGUCGUGGUUGGGGGGAAGUCCUUCGCAUUUGAUCGGGUGUUUCCCACCAACACCACCCAGGAGCAAGUCUACAACACCUGUGCCAAGCAGAUAGUGAAAGAUGUGCUGGGAGGCUACAAUGGCACCAUCUUUGCCUAUGGACAGACGUCAUCUGGAAAGACCCACACCAUGGAGGGUAGCCUGCAUGACCCUCAGAAUAUGGGAAUCAUCCCCCGUAUUGCUGAGGACAUCUUCAACCACAUAUUCUCAAUGGAUGAAAACCUGGAGUUUCACAUCAAGGUGUCCUAUUUUGAGAUCUACAUGGAGAAGAUUCGUGAUCUUCUGGAUGUUACCAAGACCAACCUCUCUGUGCAUGAGGACAAGAACCGUGUUCCCUUUGUGAAAGGUUGUACCGAGCGCUUUGUCUCCAGCCCGGAGGAGGUGAUGGAUGUUAUUGAUGAAGGAAAAUCCAACCGUCAUGUUGCUGUGACCAACAUGAAUGAGCAUAGCUCUCGGAGCCACAGCAUCUUUCUGAUCAACAUCAAGCAGGAGCAUGUUGAGACUGAGCAGAAACUGUGUGGAAAGCUGUACCUGGUGGAUCUGGCUGGCAGUGAGAAGGUCAGUAAGACGGGGGCUGCUGGAGCUGUGCUGGACGAGGCUAAAAACAUCAACAAGUCUCUCUCAUCUUUGGGAAAUGUCAUCUCUGCUCUGGCUGAGGGAACGAAGACCCACGUGCCGUAUCGUGACAGCAAGAUGACGAGGAUCCUGCAGGACUCUCUGGGAGGAAACUGCAGGACCACCAUGUUCAUCUGCUGCUCUCCCUCCAGCUACAACGAAGCUGAAACCAAAUCUACUCUCAUGUUUGGACAACGCGCUAAGACAAUCAAGAACACGGCCUCCAUCAACCUGGAGCUGACGGCUGAGCAGUGGAAGAGGAAGUAUGAGAAGGAGAAGGAGAAGAACAAGACUCUGAGGGAAACUAUCCAGAGCCUGGAGGCUGAGCUGAAACGCUGGCGCAAUGGAGAGGAAGUGCCGGAGACGGAGCAGACCACUGCUGACGUGACGAAACUGGAGAGCAGCGAAGAGCCGUCUCUGGAUAAUGAGAGAGAGACGGAGAGACAGAAGGAGAGGGAGAGAGAGAGGGAUUCGGAUACGUCCUCCAUCGUCGUGCGCAUCUCAGAGGAGGAGCGGCAGAAGUAUGAGGAGGAGAUCCGCAAGCUUUACCGCCAGCUGGAUGACAAGGAUGAUGAGAUCAAUCUGCAGUGUCAGUUGGUUGAGAAGCUGAAGCAGCAGAUGUUGGCUCAAGAUGAGCUGCUGGCCUCUACGCGUGGGGACAGUGAUAAGGUGCAGACGGAGCUGGGCCGGCUGCAGUCGGAGAGUGAGAGUGCGAAGGCGGAGGUGAGGGAGGUGCUGCAGGCUCUGGAGGAGCUGGCCGUCAACUACGACCAGAAGAGCCAGGAGGUGGAGGAGAAGAGCCUGCAUAACAAGCAGCUCGCUGAGCAGCUCAGCCACAAGAUGGCCUGUCUAAUCGAGCUGGAGGCUGAACUGGCUCAGAUGCAGGAAGUGAGCUCUCAGCAGAGGAAGCGGAUCGCCGAUGUGUUGAAUGGGCUCAUGCGCGACUUGAGUGAAUUCAGCAACAUCGUGGGCAAUGGAGAAAUCAAGCUGCCGGUGGAGAUCAGUGGGGCUAUAGAGGAGGAGUUCACCGUGGCCAGGCUGUACAUCAGCAAGAUCAAAUCGGAGGUGAAGUCGAUGGUGAAGCGGUGCAGGCAGCUGGAGAGCAUGCAGCUGGAGUGCCAUCGCAAGAUGGAGGAAACCAGCCGUGAACUGUCUUCCUGCCAGCUGCUCAUCUCGCAGCAUGAGGCCAAGAUCCGCUCUCUCACCGAGUACAUGCAGAAUGUGGAGCAGAAGAAGAGACAGCUGGAGGAUAACUAUGAUGCUCUGAGUGAGGAGCUGUCUCUGUUGCAGAAUCCAAGCAGCACUGCAGAGCAGCAGGACGGAGAAGAAAAGCCUGAGCCAGAGGAGACUGAUGGAAAGAAGGCAGCGCGCCGUCCUUCAGGCCAUCGUGAGCCUCGUCAGACUCAGCUCAGCCGUCUUCGGGAUGAGAUCAACGAGAAACAACGCCUCAUUGAUGAGCUCACUGAUAAGAACCUGGCUCUGGAGCUGGAGCUGGCCCAUGUGCGAUCUGACUUCAGCAACCUGAAGAUGCAGGAGGACACCAAGAGUGCUCGCUUGGAGCAGCUAUCCUUCCAGCAGGAGAGGCAUGAGCAGUCUAAACAGGAUCUCAAGGGCCUGGAGGAGACUGUCGCCCGUGAGCUCCAGACCCUCCACAACCUGCGCAAGCUGUUCGUUCAAGACCUCACGACUCGAGUUAAAAAAAGUUCAGAAAUUGGACCUGAUGAUAGUGGGGGGUCUAACACCCAGAAACAGAAGAUUUCCUUUCUUGAAAACAACCUGGACCAGCUUACAAAAGUUCACAAACAGCUGGUACGUGAUAAUGCAGAUCUGCGCUGUGAGCUUCCGAAGCUGGAGAAGCGUCUUCGCUCUACGGCUGAGCGCGUUCGGGCGCUGGAGACAGCACUGAAGGACGCUAAACAAGGUGCCAUGAAUGACCGCCGCCGCUACCAGCAGGAGGUGGAGCGAAUCCGGGGCGCCAUGCGCGUCAGCAACUCCAUGCGCCGUCCACACACAGCUCAGAUUGCAAAGCCAGUGAGGCCUGGUCACUACGCAGCCGCCACAUCACCCACCACCUCCGUAUCCGUGAGAGCCAGCGAGCCCGUCACAUCCUACAGUAACGUCCUCUUCCAGAGAGAGGAGAAACCCGUUCACCAGAAAACCAACACAGUUGGCUACAGCACUGUGAGAUCCAUAGACAUUCUGAGCUCCUACCCACUGGAUGUUGAGAACGGGAACAGCACAGACAUUAAUGACAACAGGAGCGAUGUACACUGUGGAAGUAUGGUGGAGGAUCCAUCCAGACACUACAUCAUGCAGCCGGAGACUGCAGCCAGUUAAUCACCUUAUACUGAUUCCGAUAUUCUGCAUGCUGUCCGCUUCCUUCGCCGACUCAGAGCUUGCAGAACUCCACUUCCCAGACUUCCUUGCUCUGUCCUGUCUUAUACUGUAUAUUAUUACUCAGUGGUUCCUCUCCAUGUCACCUGCCUACUGUUUCCAGCCUUCUCUUCUCUCUCUCUUAUAGUCCUGUCUUGUAGAUUUCACUGCACUUCUGCAUGUCUGUUCUGUAUAGUUUAAAAGAAACAGCAUAAUUUAUAUAUUUAGACACACAUAUACAUAUACUUUUUUGGAGCUGAUAUGCUGAAGCUGCAUUAGUACAUGAAUAAAUAAAAAAAAAUAGGAAAUGUGCAUUUUUAACAUGUACUAAAGCCUUUGGUGAAUCUGAACCAGAAACGUAAAACAGCUGCAGCCACUGGAGAAUCUUCUAGACUCCUCCCCUGUAGUAGUCUUUUGCUGAGCCUUAAAAAUAGCCACUGUCCACACCCACCACCAUCAUGCAGAUCUGUGUGUGUGUGUGUGUGUGUGUGCGCGCUCGUUUGCACGCCUCUAUAUUACUGAAUCAUAUGAAGCUGCAGGCGUGCAUGUGUUGCUGUGCACAUUUUGAUACACACGCUGUAUCCAUGUACUGACUACCUCCAGAUACUCUAACAUCAUUGUGAAAAUGCUAUUAAAAAAGCCAUCUAGUUACGUUCAGUCAUAUCAGGAUUAAUAUGGAAAAAAAAAAAUCAUGCAUCGUAAUAAUAUUAUAUCUGGCAUCCGCAGCAAGAGCUAUCAGCUUAUCUCAAUGGACUGAAGUUGGGUUUUAUUGUUAAACCCAGUCUGGUUAUCUUGGGUAUCUUGAUGAAUCACUUUGGAUGAAUCUCUGGACGGGUCGAAUCGCUUUCUCCAGUGAUAUCCUGAUCAGCCAAUCAGGAUAGGAGAAAAGGAAAAGAACGAUUGGAAGUGUGAAAAAAAAGUGUGUUACGCUGAGUGAGUUUUGCUCUUCAGCACGUUUAAACGCAAGGUCUGCUAACCUCGUGUGUGCUGCAUGCAUGAAGCGUAAGAAUAGAGAAUGGAGUGUUGGGUUAACGUCUGCUGACUAUGUUGUUUUGUUGUUGGUUCUGUAAACCAAAAGUGGGUUCUUGGAGAUUCUCAAGACAUUUAGAGACGUGUGUCUGUUAUGCCUGUCGUCUUCCAGUCCAUUACUCCACCCCCUCCCUCUCGCUCCUGAAUAUCAGUUUGGUCUGUGUGUAUACUGUCUCACUUAUAUUAUAUCAUAUUUUAUCAGAAGAUAGACAUGAGCGAUUGAGGAAAGUUGAUUUUACUGCUCUUAAAAAGAUAGUUAUAUAUAUAUACGUAACGACACAGUAUGAGUAUGUUACAGUUAGUGCUAGUUAUCCGAGUAGAAGCUGAACUAAGAACUGCUGUUCUUACCUACAUUCCUUCUGUAACCGUCCACUUCUGCAGAGCUGCCCCUCCUCCUUAUUGGUGAGUGAAAGAUUUGGAGAGACUUGGGACGUGAGAGAGUCUGUCUACACAACUGCUGAAGUAUGUUAGCCAUGUUUUAUGUUCUGCUCCAGGCGUGUACAUUGAUGUAGUUUAUGUAGUUUGUUGGUUACCAAUUGCAAGGGGUAUAUGUUCAUUAAAGACAAUUGUAACAA